AUGCAAGGUGUGGUGCUCAAUACACAAUCUUACUGUAGAGCCCUUCAAUCUUCUCCUUCUUCUUCCUCCAACACCGAAAAGGGUACAAGCUUUUUCGGUAAUCAUGUUCCUUUUAGGAGGAAGAACAAUAACUCUAUGCGUCCUUGCGUUUGGUUUCAUUCACCGCACUCUACACGUCAAUUUGCUAUAAAGGCUGUUGCCACUCCAGAUCCAGCUGUGGAAUUGCCACUAACUGCCGAAAAUGUAGAAAUUGUGCUCGAUGAAAUUCGACCGUAUCUCAUUUCAGAUGGUGGAAAUGUUGCUCUACAUGAAAUCGAUGGCAAUGUUGUUCGGUUGAAGUUACAAGGUGCUUGUGGGUCGUGUCCCAGUUCUGUUACGACAAUGAAAUUGGGCAUUGAACGGAGAUUAAUGGAAAAGAUCCCUGAAAUAGUUGCAGUUGAACCGAUAUCUGACGAAGAGACUGGUCUUGAGCUAAAUGAUGAAAAUAUUGAGAAGGUAUUAGAGGAAAUAAGGCCAUAUCUGGUUGGGGCAGCUGGUGGAUCUCUUGAAUUGGUAGCCAUUGAGGAGCCAAUAGUAAAGGUACGAAUCACAGGUCCAGCUGCCGGUGUCAUAACUGUGCGUGUUGCUGUUACACAAAAAUUGCGAGAAAAAAUACCUGCUAUAGCUGCAGUUCAGCUGUUAUGA